AUGGAGGCGCCGCCGGCGGAGCCCAUGCCGGGCUACGAGGAGCUGGUGCGGCGCAGCUACCGGAGCCUGGCCGGGGCGCUGCGGGGCUGCAGCGACUGCGGCUGGGAGCUGUCCCGCCGGACGUGGGCCGAGAACGCCCGGCUGGCCUGGAGCGAGCCGCUGCUUUGUCUGGUCUGCGCCGUCGGCUGGACCGUCGCCCGCCGGGCGGCCUCCCGGGGCCUCUUUCGGCCGUUUGCAGAAUGGUGUCAGCUGGAACCGAAGGACGCCGCCAAAGUGCCAGAGAGUAUCUGGAAGCUCCUGUACUACCUGUUCUCUUGGUCCUACAGCUCUUACCUGCUCUUCUUCGCCAGCUACCCCUUUUUCUACGACCCGCCAUCCGUCUUCUACGAUUGGAGGAAGGGCAUGGAAGUGCCGACAGACAUCGCCGUAGCCUACCUGAUCCAGUGCAGCUUCUAUUGCCACUCCAUCUACGCCUCCCUCUACAUGGACGUCUGGCGCAAGGACUCGGUCGUGAUGCUCAUCCACCAUGUGGUCACCCUGGUCCUCAUCGCCCUCUCCUAUGUCUUCAGGUACCACAACGUGGGCAUCCUUGUGCUCUUCCUUCAUGACAUCACUGACGUUCAGCUGGAGUUCACCAAGCUCAACGUUUACUUCAAGUAUCGCGGCGGGGUCUACCACCCUUGGAACGACUUCAUCUCAAACAUGGGUUGCAUCUCCUUCAGCAUCAGCUGGUUCUGGUUCCGCCUCUACUGGUUCCCCCUCAAGGUGCUGUACGCCACCUGCCACUCCAGCCUCCGCUCUGUGCCUAACAUCCCUUUCUACUUCUUCUUCAACGCUUUGCUCUUCAUCCUGACGCUGAUGAAUCUCUAUUGGUUUACGUACAUCAUCCUCUUUGUGGUCAAGGUUUUGAUGGGGCAGGUGCAGGAGGUGAACGAUGUGCGAGAGUACGACAUCGUCGACACCGGGAGGAAAGCAGCAGCCCUCCGGAAGAACGACGGGAAGCUGCACAGCACCCCCUCCUGGAAGGAAAGGAAACACCUCAUGAACGGGAUCGUGAAGGACAAACGCCUUUGAGGGGAAAACCAAUGCGCCCGGGGAAGGACCUGCCCGGCCCUGCAGCUCCACCCGCCCCCUCCUUCGCUCGAACCCCAGCCCGUUUGGAGAGCUUCCAGCAUGGUCCCGCCCCUCAUCUGAUACGGAACGCUGGAAGAAGCGGCCUCAGCCCACGCUCGGCCGGGGUUCUGUCAACAGCUGCCAGACGGACCCUUUUCUUUGCACUGGUCAAGUGGGAACAGGGUGUUUUUCUUUACAGAUGGGAGCGGACGGCGGGUUUGCCGUCUGCCCCAUACCUUCCCUACAGCGCUCGGGACGGCGUCGCAAACACCGGCCCUGCCCCCCUGGAUCCUUUGGUUAAGGACGGGCGUGAGACGGCAGAGGGGUGUUUCCUCUCCGCCGUCCCCUUUGAGCCCUGAUUGGCUGAGCGAAAUGAGAGGGAGGGCUGCCGUCGCUCCGGGAAACCAGUCGCCACGGAGAAUCGAUGAAGUUUGGGUCCCGUUGAAGAUGGAAGGAGGCCCUGCCGGACUUCUCCCUCUGUCUCUCUCUCUUUCUCUCUGUCCCCCUUUAUGUAUUUUUUGGGGGGGAUACGUCUUCUGCCCCAGCACCUGUUUGGAGGGAGGUGUUGUCUCCUCCCCUCUGCCCCCCCCGCUCCUCACACUUUGGAAUACCUGUGAACAGAUGAGAAUUGGGAAGAGCGACCACCCGGAGAAACAGCAGGCGCGUUCAGGAAAUUUGCUUUUAAAAAUGUUUU